AUGUCAGACGAAAAUCAAGAUGAAUAAUAAUUUUAACCUGAAGAAGCAGAGAAGUAAAUUGUUUUAUACAUAGAAAAAGUUUUAUAAGGUAAACCAUAUAAAGAAGAUAUGGUUCCUCAUUAAAUAAAUGAAAUUUGUGAAUAAACUUUAGAAUACUUAAUUAAAUAAUAAAAACCAUAUAAAUACAUAGUAAACUGUAUGAUAAUGUAAUCUACAGGUUCAGGCGCAUGCGCAACAUAAAGUUGUUAUUGGGAUAGUGUUACAGACCAUAUAGUUACAGUAAAAUGGCCAAAAGAAAAUAAAGAAUACGCUAAAAAUUAACUUAGUGCAGUAGUAACUGUUUUUGCAACAUGUCUUAUUACAAAUCAUUGA